AGCCCUGCCACCAUGGAGAUGACCGGCAAAGACCACCUCGCCACCCCGGGUUCAGCUGAGUCCUACACCAGCCGCCCCUCGGACUCGGAUGUGUCACUGGAGGAGGACCGCGAGGCGCUGCGCAAAGAGGCGGAGCGCCAGGCAUUGGCACAGCUGGAGAAAGCCAAGACGAAGCCGGUAGCGUUUGCUGUCCGGACAAAUGUUGGCUACAACCCAUCGGCCAAUGAUGAUGUGCCCGUGCAGGGCAUGGCCAUCUGCUUCGAGCCCAAAGACUUCUUACACAUCAAGGAGAAGUACAACAACGACUGGUGGAUUGGGCGGCUGGUGAAGGAAGGCUGCGAGGUCGGCUUCAUCCCCAGCCCUGUCAAACUGGAGAACAUGCGGCUGCUGCAGGAGCAGAAGAUGAGGCAGAACCGACUGAGCUCCAGCAAAUCAGGUGACAACUCCAGCUCCAGCCUUGGUGACGUGGUGACGGGGACACGCAGGCCCACCCCUCCAGCCAGUGGUGCCCUGGACACACCUAGCUUUGCCUUUGAGCCCGAUGAGUUAGAGGAGGAGGAGGCUGCGGAGACCCACUGCUCCCCUAAGAGUAGUGUGAGCAGUGUCACCACCCCCCCCGCCCACUCCAAGCGCAUCCCCUUCUUUAGGAAGGUAACAGAGCCCAAUCUGGCCCACGCCUGCCUGCUGCACCCUGCCUGCCCUAACACUGCCGGGGGCUGCGGGGGCAUCGUGGGAUGGAUUGGUCCAUAGCUGCUCCCCCUGUGAUCCAGAGGAUGGAUCAUUCCAUGGAUGUAUCCCUCUGUCAUCCAUGGGAUGGAUCAUUCCGUGGCUGUAUCCCCCCAUGGUCCGUGGAUGGAUCACUCCAUGGCUGUAUCCCCCCACGGUCCGUGGGAUGGCUCAGUCCGUGGCUGUGUGCCCCCUGAUCCAUUGGAUGGAUCAGUCCGUGCCCCCCCCCCCU